UGUUUGUAUCUGUUUUAUGAGCCAGCUACAUCUAAAGGCUGCAGUCUGUGCUCCUGUCUCUCAGCUCUGCUCUUUACCUCAUCACAACGUCAGCCACUUUCAUUCUAGCUCAUUUCAUCUUUUACUUAUAAAACGUUCUUUCUGACAUCUUUAACGUGGACUGUCGCUACCCGACAGCCUUUGCUCCAUGGUUAUUGGUGGGGAAGUUGAAGCCUAAGAGGUGCGAUAUCCUGACGCCUCUGCUUUGGCAGCUUCUGUGUGGUCAGCGUAACCAUGGCGGACCGUGAGGAGCGGCGCUUCGCCGAGGUUUCCCGCGACUCCGUCAAACUCAUGGCAGAGAGCACCGGUGUGGAUCUCCCGGAUGAUGUAGCUGCUCUUCUUGCUGAGGAUGUGUGUUACCGACUCAGGGAGGCGGCACAGACGGGUUCUCAGUUUAUGAGACAUGCCAAAAGGAGGAAGCUGACUGUGGAGGAUCUGAACAGAGCUCUUCGUUGGAGCCGGGUGGAGGCCGUCUGCGGUUAUGGGGCGCAGGACACGCUGCCCUUCCGUUCGGUCAAAGAGGGAGAGCUUUUCUUUGUCGAGGAUCGGGAAAUUAACCUGAUUGAGCUGGCCCUGGCCACCAACAUUCCUAAAGGUUGUGCUGAGACCAUGGUGCGAGUUAAUGUGGCAUAUCUUGAUGGUAAGGGCAGCGUGGAGCCUCAGGGGACAGUUCCCAGUGCUGUGCAGACUCUGUCAGACGACCUCCACAAGUACUACCAGCAGAUCACCAGGGCCAUCCUGGGGGAGGACCCCCAUCUCAUGAAGAUGGCUCUACUCGACCUUCAGUCAAACUCAAAGAUCGCUGCCCUGCUGCCUUACUUUGUUUAUGUCAUUAGUGGAGUCAAAUCAGUAAGCCAUGAUUUGGAGCAGCUCAACAGGCUCUUGCACAUGGUGAAGAGCUUGGUCCAGAACCCGUACCUCUACCUGGGCUCAUAUGUACGCAGCCUGGUCUCUAGUGUCAUGUACUGCAUCCUGGAGCCACUAGCUGCCUCCAUCAACCCCCUCAAUGACCACUGGACCCUCAGGGACUAUGCAGCGCUGCUCCUUAGCCACAUCUUCUGGACCCAUGGUGAUCUAGUGAGUGGUCUCUACCACCAGAUCCUGCUUUCUCUGCAGAAGGUUCUUUCUGACCCAGUCAGGCCUCUCUGCUCCCAUUACGGCGCUGUGGUGGGCCUUCACGCUCUGGGUUGGAAGGCUGUGGAAAGAGUGCUGUUCCCACACCUGCCUGCUUACUGGGCCAACCUGCAGGCUGUCCUGGAUGACUACUCAGUAUCUAAUGCUCAGGUCAAAGCAGAUGGACACAAAGUCUACGGAGCCAUCCUGGUGGCAGUAGAGCGCCUGCUGAAGAUGAAGGCCUUGUCUCUGUCCCAGUCAGCAGACGGAGGAUCAACUGCUCCCUCGGGUUCGGUAGCAGGAUCUAUGGGCUACAGAGUGAGCUCCCCGGGCCUCAGUCCUCCUUCAGAACCUCUGUCAGAAGCUGUUCUUGGGAUUGCCAGCCACCUCCAAGCCGGCGGGGCUGGCUGCCCGUGGGAAGAGUGGUCCCCAGUCCCUCUUCCUGCAAUGUACAGUGAGCUCUACUCUUUCUUUGGGGACAGUCUGGCGGUCAGGUUUAGCACAGGCCCGGGCUUUGGGAGCUAUCGCCCCUGCACUCCGGCCUGUUUCAGGGAACCCAGGAAGGAACCUCUCGGCCCACUUGCAAACCCCGACACUGCCCGUAAAAUGCCGCAGCUGACCGCGAACCUCAACAUCAGCCCACGAGAGGAUGGGAGCCCUCGCACCGAUCCUCCUCCUCCGAGCCUAGCAGCCACAGGCGCAGGAAGGUCUUUGGCUCGUUCCUCCUCCGUGCAGCGCUCCAGAUCUUCCUCGUCACGUCCGGGCCAGCGUUCCACAGGUCUUUCUCGCGACGUCUUCCCCAAGGCUCGUUUUAUCUCGCCGCAGUCAGGGCCGCCAGCAUUCUCCUUUGUCAUUGGUGGACGGCAAAUGGGUCGACGUUGCCAGGGCCGGCGGCCGUUUCAGACCACCUUUGCUUCCACUUCAUCUCUGCCUACCAACCCACCUCGUGCAUACGCCCACAAACUGCCUGUGAUCGGCAGGGUAGGCAAACCUGUGCGCCGCUGGACAUGUUCACAUUACUCGCUGUACCUGCCUCUGUAGUGAGCAGGUGAUGUGUAGGACGCUGUAGGUGUGGACUCCUACAGACUGUUAUUGUUCUUAAUAAACUGCUCCCACGAUGCUUUUAUAGUUAUAUUGUCAGGAAUUAUUUUGUUUCUUGUGAGAAAGCAAAUACGAACGUCUGAGAUUCAGGAGACAGAAAAGUUCUGUGCUGCUUCUCCUCAUUUAAAGUGUCUAAACG